AAUCAGAGCCGCCGGGGCUGCACGCCUCACACUUGGCACCGUACGAGCCGAAUGUUUUCCCCUCCCAAAGAAUCCAAACCAAUCACCUCGAGGAUCCACCGCCAAUGAUCAGAUCUUGCUCGUGUCUGUGUGUAUAUGUAUAAGCUCCGGCCCCAGUCCACCUUCAUCCUCCUGUCCCUGCAAGGCUGCAGAGCUCGGUAGUAGCAAGUGACCUGAGGCGCAGCUUCUCUUCGAGCAUCCACAGAUCAUCCAGCCACCCGCUGCCUGCUCUGUUGAAGCCGAUCGCUUCUGAAUUCUGAUCCCACGCCGCUCCGGUCUGGGAAGAAAGAAAGAACGAUGCCUCCUCUUGCGCCGCUGGUGGAUCAGAAGGCCGGGCCGAGGCAGCGGCACCCGGGGAUACUGCCGGCGCUGGCGCAGCGGUCGGCGUCGUUCCACGGCCUCGGCGCGGCCGAGCAACAACAGCAUCAGCGCGACGAUCUGCUGAGGCAGCGGCCCCGGACGCACCCGGACCUGCUCGCCGGCGUCAGGGACCGGAGCUUCCGGCGAACCGGCACGGGCCGCGGCGGCGACGCUGCUGCUGCGGCUCGUGUCCCGUGGGCAGGGGCCGGCGGGAGGGCGGUGGCGCCGAGCAAGGUGCUGGUGACCGUGGCCGUGCAGCGGAGCAUGUGGCCGCUGCACGUGAUGGCGCGCGCCGAGUGGCGCGUCGCCGACCUGGUCGCCGCCGCGGUGGGGCUCUACGUCAGGGACGGCCGCCGCCCGCUGCUGCCGUCCGGCGACCCGUCGGCGUUCGGGCUCCACUACUCCCAGUUCAGCCUGCAAGGCUUGGACCCGGACGAGAAAGUCGUGGAGCUGGGGAGCAGGAGCUUCUUCCUCUACCCCAGGGCUGCGGCGGCAGCCGCGGCUUCCUCGUUUAGUUAUCCAUCAACUGAAGCCAGCAAGACCAUGGCCACCCCUGCGGAGAGGCCAAACAUGCUACCACCAUGUCUUGGCUUCAUGCACUUCUGGCCGCUGUUGUAGCGUAGUCUUGGAUCGGCAGACAGCACCUGUAAACUGUAAUCUACCUACAUAGAUUCAUAGAUUCAUAGAUUGUAUAGUUGUGCUUGGUCA